AUGGAUGGAGAAUGUAGUGUGUAUCCUACAACAGCAUGUAAAAAAUGUAAUGUAUACAAUAACAUUGCUAAAUAUUGUCACUGUGCCCGCAAAAUUUUGUCUUUAAAAGACCAAUGCAAUAGUUUCAACUGCACUGAAAAAUGCAUAUCACAUGAUAGUAUUAAAAAGAGAAUACCAUGUAAUAUUAUAACAUGCAAAACACGCAAAAAAUUAAAUUUUUAUAAGAAGGUUCCCUCAACUGAAGUUCAUACAGAUUUGAAGGAUGAAGUUAAUAUAAUAAAUGAUGCAAUUGGUAAAAAGUUGAAAGAACCAGAAAAACAAAGUCAAUCUGAUCAAGUAGACUUAACUUCACAAUUUUAUAAAAUGUAUACUCAAGACAAAAUAAUUGAUACAUACGAAGAGAAAAGCGAGCAAACCAUUCCAACAAAAGAUAAUUUUCACAUUGAAUUAAAUAUAAAUGAAGCGGCAAAGCAGGAAACAUUUCAAAUAGAAAUAGAUGAAAGCAUUUCAAAUGAAUUAGGGAAAAUUGAUUCCAUUAUAGCAGAUAUUUGUGCAAAAGACAAGAAAAUUUUCGAAAGAAUUCAAAAGGAUCUUUUAACUGAAAAAAAACGCACUAAAGAACUCGAAGAAAGAUUGAAAUCUUUAACUUGCAGUCUAAAUUGUUUGAAAGAAGGUAGUGAACAAAGGGCAGUUUGUUUAAAAGAUGUAUUAGUAACAGCUGAAGAACAAAGAAAUGUUGCAAUGGACUUAGUGAAACAAUCAAAAAAUCAAGCAGAUUUAGUCAAAACAGAUAGGGAUGAAUUAUUAAAUGAGAUUUCAAAAUUACAACAACAGAUAAUUGAAGUUGCACAUAAAAAUACAGAUCUGUUGCAAGAACGUGACAAUUUAAAGAGCAAAUUACAAUCUUUAUCAGAGGAUGAAUCUAAAAGGUGUGAGGAGGUUAAAAAAGAAGUGAAUAAAAUGAAACAUGCUGUAAAAGAAAAAGAAAAUGCUUUAAAUAGGGAGAGAGCAGAAUUUAUGGAUAUGAUUUUAGAACUUACAAACGUAAUUAAUAUACAAAAGAGACGAAUAUGUGAAGUAAGUGGUAUAUGUAAUAGUCAACUACAUAGCAUACAUGAAAGAAAUGAAGAAUUAUCUCAAAAGAACAUCGAGAUAUCGGAGAUGAAAAAUAUGUUACAAUCAAGUAACUCUACUUUUAAAGAAAUGGAGGAGAAAAUAGAUCAUUUGCAAUAUUGUUUAUGUGAAGAAACAACGACUUGUAACCAACUGAAACAAGAAUUAGAAACUUUCAAGGAAAAUCAUUUAUCUGAAUUGAGAAUAAAAGACAAAAUUAUAGAGGAACAAAAUAAAACAAUUUCAAAACAAAAGAAGUUAUUACAUGACAGUGAAGUGAUGGUCCAGCAAGUUGCUUCCGAAUUUAAUGAGCUUAAAGAUGAAUUACACAAAGAAAGAGAGAAAAAUGAAUCUUUGCAAAUAACAUUGAAUGAGAAUGAUACCAAAUUAAGCAAGAUAUAUUUAUCGCAAUGUGAAAAAUGUAGAACACUUAUAGUUGAAAUAGAUUAUUUAAAAAAAGAGAAACAGAAGGCAAUAGCACUUGCAAAAUUUGCUUAUCAAAAGUUGCAUCAAUCUAUGAAAGAAUAUAAAAAGAGACUCAUUUGUGAGAAACAGCAACACAGGUACAUGGCAUUGAUUAUUGAGGAAAGAGAACAUGAGAUAGGAUGUUUGAGGAAUCAAAUUUAUCAGAAUAACAUGAGAAUUAUUUAAAAAAGAAAUAGUUAUGUAGUAUGCAGACAAUUAAAUUUAGUUGUAAUUGUUUAUAUGAUUAUGAAGUUUUUUAAUAUACUCAAUAGAAUUAUAUAUGAAUAAAUAUUUACUAGU